AUGACUCUCCUAGACCAGAAGAAACCAGACGCCUGGUCGUACACUCAAAGUCACCAAUUCGCCUACCAACGUACCACAACUGCAAUCAAACCUACCAUGCCGGCGGCGCCUGCUCCAGCUCUCAUGAACCAGGUGAUCAACAGUACCUAUAUUAGCGAGGCCACUCGGCAAGUUACACGUCUCUCUGAAGCAAUUGGACAAGAUGAGGUCACGCGAGAGAAACUGCUACACGCCUUGAAGUCGGCCUGGGUUUCCGACGUGAGCAAUGAUCACUCGCCUUUUGAGUACUCAUUGGCUCUGUCCCAACAAACUGGAGCAUCCGAGCUACGGUUCCUAAUCGAGGCUCAGCCCGAAGAAAACAGCUUAGCCGCCCUCCAAGAAAGCACCUCGCGCUUGACCGACUGCAUAGCGACAGAGUACUGCCCCGCAAAAGUCUCCCUGGACCGCUUGAACCUCGUUCGAGAUUUGUUUCUCCCCUCAGAUGCUGAGGGUAUGCUGGCCUCAUGGCACAGCUUCGCUACCUCAGAGACACUAGAAAAGUGGAAGAUUUACCUGAAUCCACUAGCCACCGGGAGGCAAAACGCUUUCAACGUGACCCGAGAGGCUCUGGAGCGCUUAGGGCUGGACAGCUCGUGGAAAUUACUAGAGAGCAUCAUGACUGGUGGCGACUAUCCUAUCUACUUCUCGCUUGGUUUGUCGCCGGACCCAGAAGACGCCGAAGUCAAGGUAUACGUUGCACACUGUGGCGCGUCUGCAACGCAAAUCGCGCAAAAGCAUGUCAAAAUGGAUCCCAAUUCCAGCGUCCAAGCAAUCGAACUGUUCUACUCAGUUAUGGCUGGUGGCUCGCUUGGGCCGUACCGUGAAAAACCCGGGUUAUCCUGUUUCCAUUUCAAGAACAAAGAUCCGUCUCGGCCGGCGGCCCGUACAGUCCUCUACCCAAUCGACAGCUAUGCAGCAAAUGAUGCCGAAGCACAGGAGCGCAUUGAGACGUACAUGGAUGCCAUUUCUGCGCCUCAGCUCUACCGAGAGAGGUAUAGAAACGCCAUCAGCUCCGUGCAGCGCCGGCCGUUGGAGGCUGGUCGUGGCAUCCAUAGCUGGGUGAGUAUGAAGGAGAAGCUAGAUGGUAAGCUGUCCAACACAUUUUAUCUCUCAGCCGAACUGUACGGGUGUCUUGUUGAUGACGGCCUCUCGAAUGGUGGCCGCUGA